CAAAACACAGAAAAGCGCGGGAACCAUUUUGCCUCACCAGAACGAAGAAGAACCGGGAAAAUCUUCUAAUUUCACGUUAAUUCUCGUAGUAUCUCUUACCUGUGAGUCACCAUUAUGAAUUUGAAAGGCGCAAGGAGUGUUGAGAAGGCCGAGGAGCUGCUGAGUGUCCCUAAAAAGCUGGAAAUAGAGAAGGUGGAGAGGAUGAAGGCGACUUACUCCAAUCUGUCUAACAGGUUCAAAGUUUGGGGGAAGAAGGACAUGUCUCGCCAGUAUUGCCUUAUUUACGGUGCCAGGCUGGAGAAAAUGCGGCCACUGGUGCUGAGUAAAGCUGUGGAGAGAUGGGGCAGUGAGGUCAAAGUGAAGCGUCUCCAUGACCUUGCUGGGGACGGGGAGGGUGAGAAGUGUAUCAUCAUAGGCACACUGUACAAGAAGCAGGAACUGAAGCCAUCCAUCCUGAAGGAGAUAUCUGAAGAAUACCAACUGAUGCCACAGCCAGUUGUCAAGAAUUAUGUAGGUGAAAGUGAUGAGAUAAUCCUUGAAGACGAGGUGCAGAGGAUCCACCUUAUUGGCAACAUUGACGUCCCCACACUGGUGACAGGCUUGGUGGUGGCAGUGCUGGGCAAGGCGUCAGAGGGAGGGAAGUUUCAUGUGGAGGAAAUGUGUUAUGCUGGACUGCCAGAUGCUGUGAAACAAGAGGAACUCACACAAGACAGGUUUGUGAUGCUUGUGUCUGGCCUGGAGCUGAGCAAGAGUACAGAUCAGCUGCUUCCCAUGGAGUUGAUGGUGGAUUAUUUCACCGGCCACCUGGGCUGUCCUGAGGAGCAGGAAGAAGUUGCCUCCAUCUGCCGGGUCAUUAUAGCAGGUAACUCUGUACACAAUACUUUGGGAGAGAAGGACCACAGUGAGGUGAUGAAGGUGGUGCGAGAGCUGGACGACCUCCUUCUACAGAUUGCCAGUUCAUGUCCCGUUGAUCUGAUGCCGGGAGAGCUGGACCCAACCAACCACCUGCUACCACAACAACCCUUCCAUCCGUGUGUGUUGCCAAAGGUCAGAGGUUACGCCACCAUGCAGGGAGUGACAAACCCCUAUGAGUGUGAGGUAGGUGGCCGAGUGUUGGUGGGGACCUCAGGACAGAACGUGGAGAAUGUGAGUCGGUGUACCACGCUGCAGGACCCCUUGGAGGUGAUGGAGAGGCUGUGUGAGUGGGGACACCUUGCUCCUACUGCACCAGACAGCCUUUCCACCUACCCUUACUACAAAGAGGAUCCCUUCAUCAUGACACACUGCCCAGACAUCUUCUUUGCUGGCAACCAAGAAGCUUUUGCCUCUAAGACUGUGGAAGUGUCCGGCCAUAAGGUGCUGCUGGUGAGUGUGCCAAAGUUCAACACCACCGGCACCUGUGUCUUGGUGAACCUGAGAACCCUGGAGUGCCAACCAGUGGAGUUCUCAUUUGGUGUUCCUCCCCCAGCAGAAGUGAAAAGUGCAGAAGCUGAGGCUGAGGCUGAGGCAGAGGGAGAGAAGUAGGAAGGUCAGGUGGUGUAGUAGUUUAGUCAGUUUUCUUUAUCAUUAUCAUUGGGGAGUAUUUUCUCUUUAUUCCUGUCAUUAUUUCUUCUAAUCAUAUCAUCAUCAUUGUCAUUGAAUUUCCAGGGUGUUUUUUUGACAUCAUUCAUCAUCUUUUGUAUUUCUGGUAUAUAUUUUUCAGUUUCCAGCACUGUUCCUUGGCUCUUCACAUUUCUCACUCUUCUCUUCUACGUUGGACAAUUCUCACCUCUUAGCACCAUUUCUGACAUUUCCUGGGGUAUUGCAGGAUUUGUUGUAGAUAUGGGUGAAUAAUGACUUGGUAUUGUAAAGUCUUGGUGAUAAUCUUGAGCCCUGUAGCCACAAACAAGAAUUUUCAGUUGUCUCUCAGCACAAUAUAAAUAUCAGACUUUGCCUCUUUGAUUUAAUGUUAUUUAGUUCAUAUUAUAAAGUGCCUGAGGAACGACAUAAUGAUUCAUUGUUAUAAAGUUACUAUUGUAAUUAAGAAUGUUGGAGAUUAUAUUAAGCAUGUGUAUAGAUAUUGAAGGCAGAGUCGCUAUACUAAACUGAAUUGUUGGAGAUGAUAAAGUGUUUUGUGUAGAGAUUAUUUUAUUAUGAAGAAUUGAUUAAGAUAAGAUACAGUUUUAUUAAUUUAGUAUAUUCUGAUGCUGAGAUUAUUUUGGGUAACUUAAAAGGAAACGCUUAACUGGCUGUAAAAUUUGUAUGUGUGAGUUAUAAACAAGAGUGCCUGAUGGUUAAGGUCAAUAUUAAAAAACACUUGCUCUCUCACCAUACCUAUUUUCCAACCCCACAGAGAUAAUUAAUGGGGUUUCCAAGUCUUUCUACAGUUGAUAGUAUAGAAAUUUUGUUACUCUGCCUUUAGAACCAUAAAAAGAACACCUUAAAAACUCUUGUAAAGCCUUUUGAAAGAGUGGAAGUGAAGCACAGAAGUGUUUGAGAAUAUGAAUUUUAAGAUUUUGUAAUGUGGGGUGAGUGAAUAAAAGUAGUUUUGAA